CCCUGCAGCCGCCCCCCACGGCGGACGCGCCCGGCCAGGGUGGCGCGCAGCGGCGGCAGGCGGCCCCGGGGGAGCUGCGCGGGCUGGGCCGCCUGUGGGCCGCCCUUGGCUGCAAGCUGCGGCACAUCGUGGACAGCAAGUACUUCAACCGUGGCAUCAUGGUGGCCAUCCUGGUCAACACGCUGAGCAUGGGCGUGGAGUACCACGAGCAGCCCGAGGAGCUGACGAGCGCCCUGGAGAUCAGCAACGUGGUCUUCACCAGCCUGUUCGCCCUGGAGAUGCUCCUGAAGCUGCUGGCCUGCGGGCCGCUGGGCUACGUCCGCAACCCCUACAACAUCUUCGACGGGGUCAUCGUGGUCAUCAGCGUCUGGGAGAUCCUGGGCCAGGCGGACGGCGGCCUGUCCGUGCUGCGCACCUUCCGGCUACUGCGCGUGCUGAAGCUGGUGCGCUUCCUGCCGGCGCUGCGGCGCCAGCUCGUGGUGCUGGUGAAGACCAUGGACAACGUGGCCACCUUCUGCACGCUGCUCAUGCUCUUCAUCUUCAUCUUCAGCAUCCUAGGGAUGCACCUGUUCGGCUGCAAGUUCAGUCUGAAGACGGACAGCGGGGACACGGUCCCCGACAGGAAGAACUUCGACUCGCUGCUGUGGGCCAUCGUCACCGUGUUCCAGAUCCUGACGCAGGAGGACUGGAACGUGGUCCUGUACAACGGCAUGGCCUCCACCUCGCCCUGGGCCUCCCUCUACUUCGUGGCCCUCAUGACCUUCGGCAACUAUGUGCUCUUCAACCUGCUGGUGGCCAUCCUGGUGGAGGGCUUCCAGGCGGAGGGCGACGCCAACAGGUCCGACUCGGACGAGGACAAGACCUCCGCCCCCUCCGAGGAGGGUUCCGACAAGCUCCAGGGCCUGCGGGCCACAGAGGUGAAGAUGUGCUCGCUGGCAGUGACCCCCAAUGGGCACCUGGAGGGCCGCAGCAGCCGCUUCCCCCCCCUUAUCAUGCGCACGGCGGCCACCCCCACGCCCACCCCCAAGGGCUCCCCGCUCCUGGACGCGGCCCACAGGCUCCCGGACUCGCGGCGCAGCAGCAGUGGCUCCGUGGACCCCCAGCUGGGCGACCAGAAGUCUCUGGCCAGCCUCCGCGGCUCGCCCUGCGCCCACUGGGGCCCCAACGGCGCGUGGAGCAGCCGGCGCUCCAGCCGCAGCAGCCUCAAGCGGCGCGGCCAGCGCGGGGAGCGGGAGUCGCUGCUGUCCGGCGAGGGCAAGGGCAGCACGGACGACGAGGCGGAGGACGGCCCCCCGCUGCGGCGCGCCGAGUCCCUGGAGCCCCGCGGCGCCCUGGACCUGCGGCCCCCGCGGCCGGCCGCCCUCCCGCCCGCCAAGCCCCACGACUGCAACGGGCAGAUGCUGGCCCUGCCCAGCGAGAUCUUCCUGCGCAUCGACAGCCACAGGGAGGACCCGGCCGAGUUCGAGGACGACGUGGAGGACAGCUGCUGCUUCCGCCUGCACAAGGUGCUGGAGCCGUAUCGGCCACGCUGGUGUCGGAGCCGAGAGUCCUGGGCCCUCUACCUCUUCUCCCCGCAGAACCGGCUCCGCGUCUGCCUCCAGAGGCUCGUGGCGCACAGGCUGUUCGACCACGUGGUGCUGGCCUUCAUCUUCCUCAACUGCGUCACCAUCGCGCUCGAGAGGCCCGACAUCGACCCCGGCAGCACCGAGCGCGCCUUCCUCAGCGUCUCCAACUUCGUCUUCACAGCCAUCUUCGUGGCCGAGAUGCUGGUGAAGGUGGUGGCGCAGGGCCUGCUCGCGGGCGAGCACGCCUACCUGCAGAGCAGCUGGAACGUGUUGGACGGGCUGCUGGUGCUCGUGUCGCUGGUCGACAUCGUCGUGGCCAUGGCCUCCGCCAGCGGCGCCAAGAUCCUGGGCAUCUUGCGCGUGCUGCGCCUGCUGCGGACCCUGCGGCCGCUGAGGGUCAUCAGCCGGGCCCCGGGCCUCAAGCUGGUGGUGGAGACGCUCAUCUCCUCGCUGCGGCCCAUCGGGAACAUCGUCCUCAUCUGCUGCGCCUUCUUCAUCGUCUUCGGCAUCCUGGGGGUGCAGCUCUUCAAGGGCAAAUUCUACUACUGCGAGGGCGCCGACACCAGGAACAUCUCCACCAAGGCUGAGUGCCGGGCUGCCCACUACCGCUGGGUGCGGCGCAAGUACAACUUCGACAACCUGGGCCAGGCACUGAUGUCACUGUUCGUGCUGUCGUCCAAGGAUGGCUGGGUCAACAUCAUGUACGACGGGCUGGACGCCGUGGGCGUGGACCAGCAGCCCGUGCAGAACCACAACCCCUGGAUGCUGCUGUACUUCAUCUCCUUCCUGCUCAUCGUCAGCUUCUUCGUGCUCAACAUGUUCGUGGGCGUCGUGGUGGAGAACUUCCACAAGUGCCGGCAGCACCAGGAGGCCGAGGAGGCGCGGCGGCGCGAGGAGAAGCGGCGGCGGCGCCUGGAGAGGAAGCGCAGGAGCACCCUCCCCAGCCCAGAGGCCCAGCGCCGGCCCUACUACGCCGACUACUCCCACGCCCGGCGCUCCAUCCACUCGCUGUGCACCAGCCACUACCUCGACCUCUUCAUCACCUUCAUCAUCGGCGUCAACGUCAUCACCAUGUCCAUGGAGCACUACAACCAGCCCAAGUCGCUGGACGAGGCCCUCAAGUACUGCAACUACGUGUUCACCGCCGUCUUCGUCUUCGAGGCUGCACUCAAGCUGGUGGCCUUUGGCUUCCGGAGGUUCUUCAAGGACAGGUGGAACCAGCUGGACCUGGCCAUCGUGCUGCUGUCCGUCAUGGGCAUCGCGUUGGAGGAGAUGGAGACGAGCGCGGCCCUGCCCAUCAACCCCACCAUCAUCCGCAUCAUGCGUGUGCUCCGCAUCGCCCGCGUGCUGAAGCUGCUGAAGAUGGCCACGGGCAUGCGGGCCCUGCUGGACACCGUGGUGCAGGCCCUGCCCCAGGUGGGGAACCUGGGCCUCCUCUUCAUGCUGCUGUUCUUCAUCUACGCCGCCCUGGGAGUCGAGCUGUUUGGGAGGUUAGAGUGCAGUGAGGACAACCCGUGCGAGGGCCUCAGCAGGCACGCCACCUUCACCAACUUCGGCAUGGCCUUCCUCACGCUGUUCCGCGUGUCCACCGGGGACAACUGGAACGGAAUCAUGAAGGACACGCUGCGCGAGUGCGCCCGCGAGGACCGGCACUGCCUCAGCUACCUGCCCGUGCUGUCGCCCGUCUACUUCGUCACCUUCGUGCUGGUGGCCCAGUUCGUGCUGGUCAACGUGGUGGUGGCCGUGCUCAUGAAGCACCUGGAGGAGAGCAACCGCGAGGCCCGCGAGGACGCCGAGGGGGACGGCGAGGCCGAGCCGGACACCCCGCCCGCCCCGGCGCGCCCGCCGCCCACGCCGCAGGAGAGCCCGGGGCCCGGCCGGGACACCGCGAGCCUGCUGGUCCUGCGCAAGGUGUGUGUGUCCCGGAUGCUCUCGCUGCCCAACGACAGCUACAUGUUCCGGCCCGUGGCGCCCGCCUCCGCACCCCCGCCCGGCGCGCUGCAGGAGGUCGAGUUGGACACCUACGCGGGCAGCAGCCCCCCAGGCCCUGCCACGACGGUGCUCUCGCCGGCCCCGGAGCCCAGCGCCUCCCUCCGCGCCCCGUCCCCUCGGGCUGCGCCCCACAGCCCCGGCCCCGGCCGGCCGCCCUGCACACAGGAGGCUGCGCUCGCUGAGACCCUGCAGGGGCAGGUGGAGGGCGCCAGGGGCAGCACCCCCGACCCCGGGGAGCCUGUGGAGAAGACCCCGGCGCGGCAGGCGUCCCUGGGGGCUCCCCUGCGGUCCCCACCCCGCUCCCCGCGUCCGGCCAGCGUCCGCACCCGCAAGCAGGCCCUCGGACAGUGCUGCACCUGCAGCCGCCCGCCGGCCCCAGGCGGGGAGGAGCCGGAGGCCGCGGACCCCGCGGACCAGGAGGUCAGCAACAUCACCAGCGCCGCCCAGCCCUGGCCCGCGGCCGAGUCCUGCAGCCCCGUGGCCUCCCCUGCGGCCCCCAGGGCGGCAGCCGGGGGACCAGCCCUGCGCAGGUUCCACAGCGUGGGCGCCCCCGGCCUCCUGGACAAGCCCGGCCCGGUGGAAGGGCAGAGGUGGCCCUCGGCGGAGCUGGGCGGGGGGGCCGGGGAGGCGGAGCCUGCGCUGGGGGCUCGCAGGAAGAAGAAGAUGAGCCCUCCGUGCAUCUCCAUCGACCCCCCCGCAGAGGAUGAGGGCUCGGCCCGGCCCCCCCCCGCAGAGGGCCGCAGCAGCCUGAGACGCAGGACCCCGUCUUGCGAGACCACGCCCCACAGGGACUGCCUGGAGCCGGCCGAGGGCCCGGGUGCCGGGGGGGACGCAGGGUGCAGGGCGGAGCGGCGGGCCCGGCCGGAGCACCUCACUGUGCCCGGCUUUGCCUUCGAGCCGCUGGAGGCGGCGGCUGCCGAGGGAGGCGCCUUCCCCGACGCGGGCUGCAGCGAGACCGCGGGGCCCACGGUGCCGCCCGCGCCUCGGCAAACAGAGCCGCCUGCACACUCGGGGGACCCCCCCGAGACGGGGUGGGGGCCGCACCUCAGGGUGGCCCUGGGUGUCAGCACAGACAAGCCCGUGUAGCCCGGCUGAUGCGGGCAGGACUUCGGCCCAGGAUCCGGUGCCCCGUGGGGCGGUGGCCCCAGCUCAGUCCCCGCCGUGGGCAGAGGGGCCCGAGCAGGACGUCGGCCCAGGCGGGGCCACGGCAGAGCAGGGGCGGCCGCGGCCCAGGGCCUCCGUGUGGCCGAUUCGGGCCGGCCGGUCCAGGUGAGGAGCGGCUGCGGGGCGCCCACACACAGGAGGGCACAGAGGAGCCCCUCCUCCACAGCCCUACAGGAACACAAGCCGGGGGCCACCUGUGCCCUGGGGCAGUGCAGUCCCCAAGGCCGCCACGGCCAAGGUCACUCGCUCACCGCCCAGUCCUCGCCACGCCCUCCGCACCCCACGCCACCCGCCCGUCCCGUGUGCUUGUUUUGGGGCACCUCCGGGGAGUGGUGACCCCGCAAUAAGAUGGGGCUCCGGCCGCCAGGGUGGGGCGGGCGCCCCGCUGUUUGGUUUCCCGCCUUUGUUGGAUUCAGGUUACACUUGCAAUAAUCCACACAGAGCCCAGCUUCGGGAGGACAGAGCAGAAUAAACAGUAACUUAUUUAAGAAGCA